AGGGAAGAAACUCGAGCACUUGAGGGAAGAAGCGGUGGCUAGAAGGAGGGAAAAGAGCAGAGAGACUGUGCGAGAAGGAAGGAAGGAAGGAAGGAGGAGGAGAAGCAGCAGCGCUUUGCAGCUGGGCAGAAGCCGGGACCAUGCAGUUUCCAGCCGGGCUGUGCUGAGAGGGGCAGCCCCGAACCCACCGCCGGCCUCUGCCUCCUCGCUGCUCCAGGCUGCAGGCGCCCCCAGACCGGCAUCACCCCUCGCCCCGUCCAUCCUUCUUUAAAAAAACAAAACAAAACAAAACAAAACAAAAAACCAAAAAACCCAAAACAAACUAAAAACAGACUGAGAUUUUUUUUUUCUCGUGCGUUUAAUCCGCCCUUUUUUUUUUCUUAUUUUUUGUCUGAUUUGCUUUUUUGCCCCUUAUCCUCACCCCUCCACUUUUUCAUUCACCCCUUUUUUCGCUUGAUAUAUAUAUAUAUUUUUUUUACAACCCCCACCCCCCACUACACGCCUCCUCUACCAGCGAUCCCCCUACCGCUCCCCCCCCCCCCCGCCCCCCAAUUCGCUAACUUGUGGCUGUUGUGAUGCGUAUUCCCGUAGAUCCCAGCACCAGCCGGAGGUUCAGCCCCCCCUCCAGCAGCCUGCAGCCCGGCAAGAUGAGCGAGGUCAGCCCGGUGGUGGUAGCCCAGCAGCAGCAGCAGCAGCAGCAGCAACAGGACGCGGCGGCCGCCGUGCCCCGUCUGCGCCCCCACGAUAACCGCACCAUGGUGGAGAUCAUCGCUGACCACCCCGCCGAGCUGGUCCGCACCGACAGCCCCAACUUCCUCUGCUCCGUCCUGCCCUCGCACUGGCGCUGCAACAAGACCCUCCCGGUGGCGUUCAAGGUGGUGGCCUUAGGAGAAGUGCCCGAUGGGACGGUGGUGACCGUCAUGGCUGGAAACGAUGAGAAUUACUCUGCAGAGCUGCGAAACGCUUCUGCCGUGAUGAAGAACCAGGUGGCCAGAUUUAAUGACUUACGAUUUGUGGGCAGAAGUGGAAGAGGGAAGAGCUUUACUUUGACAAUAACUGUCCUGACAAAUCCCCCCCAAGUCGCUACAUACCACAGAGCUAUAAAGGUUACAGUGGAUGGGCCGAGGGAGCCAAGAAGGCACAGACAGAAGCUUGAUGACUCUAAACCUAGUUUGUUCUCUGAGCGCCUCAGUGAUUUAGGGCGCAUUCCUCAUCCCAGUAUGAGAGUAGGGGUCCCGACCCAGAGCCCACGGCCCUCUCUGAACUCUGCACCAAGUCCUUUUAAUCCACAAGGACAGAGUCAGAUUACAGACCCCAGGCAAGCGCAGUCAUCCCCGCCAUGGUCCUAUGACCAGUCUUACCCAUCCUACUUGAGCCAGAUGACUUCACCGUCCAUUCACUCCACAACUCCCUUGUCCUCCACUCGGGGCACGGGACUUCCAGCCAUUACCGAUGUGCCCAGACGCCUCUCAGGUGCUUCAGAGCUGGGCCCAUUUUCAGAUCCCAGGCAGUUCACAAGCAUUUCAUCCCUCACUGAGAGCCGCUUCUCCAACCCACGAAUGCACUAUCCAGCCACCUUUACCUAUACACCGCCAGUCACCUCAGGCAUGUCACUGGGUAUGUCCGCAACCACUCACUACCACACCUACCUACCACCACCCUACCCCGGCUCUUCCCAAAACCAAAGUGGACCUUUCCAGACCAGCAGCACUCCAUAUCUCUACUAUGGCACUUCGUCAGGAUCAUACCAGUUCCCCAUGGUGCCGGGAGGGGACCGCUCCCCUUCCAGGAUGCUCCCACCGUGCACCACCACGUCCAACGGCAGCACACUGCUAAACCCUAACUUGCCCACCCAGAGUGACGGGGUGGAGGCGGAUGGCAGCCACAGCAGCUCCCCAACCGUCUUGAAUUCUAGUGGCAGGAUGGAUGAGUCCGUUUGGAGGCCGUACUGAGAUUUCUUCCAUAGCCGGCCCGACCUCCGCAAGCCAAAAAAAAAAAAAAAAAACAAACCACCAAACGGUCGACUAACUACAAAGUGCCUGGGUUUUGUUUUAUUUUUUUUUUUUUUUAAACAGAUUUUACCAAUAUGUGCAACUGUGUAGAUGGGAUGAUAAUGGCCAUAAAUAACACAAGAGUUACCAACAUACCACAACCCAUGUUUC